AUGGUCAGGCUCGGCAGUAAGCAGAGCACUACGCCUCCUGCUGCGGAUCGCCCGCAGGCUGUCAGCACACCACUGGGCGGUAGCCUAUCUCAACAGCAGCAAGAGUCAGCAGAGGUCGACCGUCCACAGGUGGCCUAUUCUCCUCUGAACAUGCAGGAGGAUCAGACAUUAGACUGGUCUGCCGCGCCGCCAAGGCUUGGCGAGCAUCAUCGGGACUCUGUCAAUUCAAUCAGCAAGCCGGCUGAGACGCCAGGCUUGCACGAGCGCCAAUCUGCGCACGAUCUCAUUGGCGCCGUUCCACGACUUGAUGCGAAUGGCGCGCACUCGGAGCAUUUCGCAGACAAGGACGCCUCUGCUGGAUCAAGCGACACGCUCACGCCCAUCGAGGCGAUGAGCGAAGAUCUGGAAGGCCAGGGCAAGGUGGCAGAUCAGUAUACGCUACCGUCCAGUCACAUUCCUCUCCUACCAUCCUCGCUGUCUGCCCUGGUCAAUGGUACCAUAGACCGCCAACGGAGACGGCCCAGAUUUGCAAAAAUAGAACGCUACUUGCGCGGGCCCUUGCCGCCUGUACAGCAUACUAUCUCGCCUUACCUACCAAAAGUGGAGGCUUUCUUUGCGCGGACAUUCAGGCCGCUCUCGCAUCCGUUCAUUCUCUUUGUGCUCUACGCUGCCUGGUUCGUCGGCUUUGUGUUGCUCGUCAACAAGUCGUGGUUCAGCGCAAACACUUCUUACGGUCAGCCUACGCCAUUGGACGACACCUCGACCUUCUGGACACGGAACGAUCUCUGCGGACCACAGGGCAUCCUGUGCCGCCCGUUCAACGAUUCCACACUCGCAUUCCGUUGUCCCGCCAACACGAAAGGUGUCCAGCUCCUCAACGAUCGUGCUGUUGGUAAUGAGAUCCUGAUCUACCAGGGGCUCGUUGUCGGCGGUGGCGAUCCAGCCGGGACAUAUCGCGCAGACAGCUUUAUCUGUCAAGCGGCACUACAUCGCGGCCUCUUCGGCGACAACAAAGGCGGUUGUGGCGUUCUCAAUCAGAUUGGCACAUACGGCAAUUAUCUAGCAUCUGAGCAAAAUGGCAUACAAUCGACUGCCUUUCCAGGCAGUUUCCCUUCGUCGUUCGUAUUCGCGGCUGAUGCUACAACCACUAAUUGUGAAGAUCUGAGAGACUAUAUCCUCAUCUACGACCUCCUCAUGACCUUCAUCGUCACUUUUGUCUUUCGUCCGCCCGCUCCAGUCCUUUUUUGGACUUUUGGCAUCGUGGGCUUCUGGCACAUCACUAUGGCAUCCGAUCCGCAAGGCGCGCCACCACAGGUUUCAACAGCCAUCGGUCUCUUCUUGCCAGCCUGCUUCUUUCUCUACGCCUUUUGGCGGUGUGCAUGGCGCUGGGUUUUGCCCUUGUUCAGCGUUGCCGUGCUUGAGCAGACGCUCUGGUAUGUUGGUCCUUUCUGGAUCGGUGUCCUUCUCAAUGACACGACUGGCUGGAUUCCCAUCGAUCGACUGACAGCACAUGAUAUCUCCCAAAGACCUGGCGGCCUAGCAGCUGUCAUUGUGCUCGUAAUUCUCAUACUGAUCUUGGCUGUCAAUCAAUUACGUGUCAUCCGCAAGACCGGCCUUCUCGUCGAUUAUGCCAAAUACUAUCUGCUCGGUGUCAUCUUCAUUUUGCUCAUGAUGGCCAUUCCCGGUCUAUCGUUCCGCUUUCAUCAUUAUAUCGCCGCCACGGUCUUCAUGCCAGUCACGGGAUUUCCGACACGGAUGAGUGCUCUUUUGCAAGCUUUCUUACUAGGCACUUUCCUCAACGGCGUCGCUCGCUGGUCAUUCGAUGGACUCUUCCAGAGUAUCGCCGAGCUGCAGGGCGACGGCGCUUUCGGCACAGGAAGUCCUUCGUUCAAUACGACAGCAGCAUCAUUCGCUGCCGACCCCACAGUCAUCGCUUGGAAUCCGAUACCAUCCGAUCAGAUAGGCCAGUGGGAGAUGUUCUCGCUGCUCAUCAAUGACGUAUCUGUCUAUGUCGGUCCAGCGCUCAACUACACGCUCGCGGGUCUCGAUCGCACGCUUCCUCUCUUCUUCCGUCUCGCAUUUUCAGAGAGGUACACGUCCGGCGACUUCACACGGGCAGCGACGCUGUUCCCUAAUAACACAUUUGUGCCCGCCCCUUCAGGCAUUUCUUGA